AUGCUCUACUUCAAGCAAAAUGACCUGAUCUAUCCCCGCAACAUACCCGCCGAUGCACGAACAAACGUCCCUAAACCAUCAGACUUCGGCAUGACCAACUUCGAAGACCUGCGCAUCCCCACCCCGGACGGCGAGGUGCUGGCAGCCUACUUCAUCCGUCCCUCCAACAGGAAAAUCAAGGCCCAGGUCACCAUUCUCAUGUUCCACGGCAAUGCGGGGAACAUCGGCCACCGCGCUCCCAUAGCCCAUAUGCUCGAGCAGCAGCUAGACUGCAACGUCUUCAUGCUCGAGUACAGAGGCUACGGCCUCUCCACGGGCACCCCCGACGAAGCUGGCCUCAAGAUAGACGCCCAGACUGCGCUCGACUAUAUUCGGAACCGGGCUGAGUUGCAGGGCACCAAGAUUGUUAUCCAUGGGCAGAGCCUGGGUGGUGCCGUGGCUAUUGAUUUGGUUGCAAAGAACCAGAAAGAGGGGGACAUCAAGGCGUUGAUCCUGGAGAAUACCUUUCUUAGCAUUCGCAAGCUGAUACCCAGUGUCUUCCCGGCUGCAAAGUACGUUGCUAGACUGUGUCAUCAGACCUGGCUGAAUGAAGAGGUGUUGCCCAAAAUCACCACUGUACCAAUACUAUUCCUCAGCGGCCUGAAAGACGAGAUAAUUCCGUGA